CCCAAACGGCACCGGACGGGACACCGGGACACAGAGGGACAUCGGGACACUGGGAUAUCGGGACAGCGGGACACAGUGCCAUAGAAACACCGGGACACCGGCACACCGGGACACAGAGGGACAUCGGGACACUGGGAUAUCGGGACAGCGGGACACAGUGCCAUAGAAACACCGGGACACCGGCACACCGGGACACAGAGGGACAUCGGGACACUGGGAUAUCGGGACAGCGGGACACAGUGCCAUAGAAACACCGGGACACCGGCACACCGGGACACAGAGGGACAUCGGGCCAGCGGAGCUCGGGAGCGCUUUCAAAUCUAUUAAAAAGGAGUGCCUGUACCAUUUUGUUUACACUCCCACUUUUGGAUCUCCUGACUGUUUUGGAUCUGUCUCUAAUAGCAGUUGCUGCUGUUGUCUUGCUUCACUCAUUACCCCAGAGAAAGAAAUAACUCUCAAGGUUUCAGCUGGUAUCAAACGACUACAAGCAGAUCUACAGCAAUGCAAGGACCUCAACCUGCCACAGCACCUGGAAUGCCCUAUGGCUCCCCUCAGCAGGUCCCUGGGGCUUACCAAGGUGCAGGGAACUAUGGAUUCCAGGCACAGCCCAUGGGAUUCCCAGGUGGAUUUGUCGCUCCUCCUGUCCAGAACCAGCCCACCAUGGAUGGGACAAUCUGGAUGCCUAUCCCUCCUUCUAUUCCCAACUGCCCUCCUGGACUGGAGUACCUCACACAGAUUGACCAGAUAUUAAUUCAUCAGCAACUUGAACUUCUUGAGAUUGUGACUGGCUUUGAAACAAACAACAAAUACGAACUCAAGAAUGCACUGGGACAAAGGGUGUACUUUGCAGCAGAGGACACUGACUGCCUCACCAGGAAUUGCUGUGGGCCGUCACGGCCCUUCACCAUCCGGAUUACGGACAACCUGGGCCGCGAGGUGAUAACGCUGCACAGGCCUCUGCGGUGCUCCGGCUGCUGCUGCCCCUGCUGCUUGCAGGAGCUGGAAGUCCAGGCGCCUCCAGGAACAACAGUUGGCUAUGUUGUCCAGAACUGGCAUGUCUACCUGCCAAAGUUCACCAUUCAGGAUGAGAAAAGAAAGGAUAUACUGAAAAUUGCUGGCCCAUGUGUUGUGUGCCGGUGCUGUGAGGACAUUCAUUUUGAGGUGAAGUCUCUGGAUGAGACUUGUGCUGUUGGGAGGAUUUCUAAGCAGUGGACUGGAUUUGUGCGGGAAGUGUUUACAGACACAGAUAACUUUGGAAUCUCAUUCCCAAUGGACCUGGAUGUGAAAAUGAAAGCUGUCAUGAUUGGUGCUUGCUUCCUUAUCGACUUCAUGUUUUUUGAACAUAGCGGUAAUUAAACAUCAGCAAGCAGGAGUUUGAAAAUGAAAUCUAGAUGUUCUGUAUGGAAUGAAGAAGAACAUGGAUCUCCCAAGUUUAUGAUGAAUUGCAGUGCUCCAGUAAGAAUAUGAGAAAUGCACAUGUUAUAGUUACAUUUCUGUAAGCUAAAAGCUUUAUGGUCUUUUUAUUAUUUUUUAAUCUUGUUGCCCGAUCCGAAGAAAGCACAAACAACCGAAGUCGUUUAUGCGGUGCUUUAUUGAGGGCCCGGGAGCCUGUGGACUAGCGUCCAAAGACAGAGCCCCGUUUCACACAAAAAUCACAGGGUUUUUAUAUGUUUUCUACACGACUUCUUCAUCAUCAUAAUUUCUUAAUUCUCUUUCACUACCUGGUACGAUUAUCUCUCUGACAUUUAAAUUUUGCCAAAUGGUACAUUCCUAGAUUAUCUCCUAGUUACACUGCUUACAUUGCAAUAUCUGCUAUAUAGUUCAUCUGCAGGUUACAUGUGGCCUACCAAGCCUUAGCAUAACUACUACUAAUGUCAACUAAUGCUAACUAUUGACAUUUGUUACUAUCUUAAUAAUACAGUUUAUUGAACCAAAUGGCAACAAUCUGAUGAAAUAAUUUCUAGUAUUCAAAUAAGGACUCUUUAUCUGUACAGAUCUGAACAGAUCAAUAAUAUGAUUUAGAGACGUAUAUAGCAACAUUUUUUUUCCAAGAACUCUGUAAUUUUAAAGUAACUAAUUAUAGUUGUUACUUAUAACUACUAUAAUUAUACUUUGAUUCUUAAAAAGAGGGCUACUUCUAUAUUAAAUAUUAAAAAUAACCUAAGCCUAAUAAGGAGACACUGAUUUUUUCCUGGGUAUUCUCCUUUGGUAGUUCUGCUGUGGUGUUCACAUUCUGUUGUUUCCAUCUUCCUAUCAAAUACAUACAUUCAGAGCAAAGUAAUGCAUUUGAACAGAAAUAUCUGAAACUGGUGUAAAAUGUUAUUACUCUCUGUGCUGGGUGUGUCUGAGCUGGAGUUCAUUUCCCCAGCAGCUGUCCCAGAGCUGUGCUUUGCUCUGGGAACUGGAAG